AUACUCUCCCCUUCAUGAAUUAAUCGUCGAGAUUUGAUUUCAUAAAAUUUCAUAAAAAUAUUGAAAAAAUAAAAGAGAGAGUUUAAAAUUUAUUUAGAGGAAAUAGACACUUGGAGGACUAUAUAUUGUUUACUCUAUUGAGAAAAUUUGACUCUUUGACACUGUCGAGUACAACUGAACUGCAAAGAGUUUUUGGCGUCCUCCGUGAGAAAUGUCAUUGACAACAAAAACCAAACACCUUACAGGCGCCACUUCACUCCGCUCAUUUUCCCGUCUCUUCCACCUCAAACGCCGCCACUCCCUUCCGCCGGCGGGGUCCGGCCCGCCGCUGCAUCAAGACCCACAUAGCCUCCUCAAGGAAGACCCCAUUGAAGUCCUCUCCAACCUCUGGGCCAAGACCUUCUCCCAGCCGGGAAAGCCCUUCUCCAACCUCGCCGGCUUCCUCUCCAAGCUCGAUCUCUGGGUCCUCGCCUACCAGCGCACCUGCGCCCACUUCACCGGCUCCUUCCCUCCCCGCAAUGCGAUCCACACCCGCGUCCUCUCCGAUCUCCUCUCCCUGCGGAACGCGGUUGUUUCCGGCGACUUCAUCUGGAACGACAAGGCGCGUCCCGUGAUUCGCGGCCCGAACGAGAGGCCGGUCUCGGCGCUCUCCCGCCGCCAGCUCGAUUCACUCCUCACCUCCAAAGCCCCGCCUUUUCAGGACCAGGAACCCCCAUACCGUGAUUCGGACAAUCAGGAGCAACUUCGCGGGCUAUCUCUGGUUCUUGAGAGGGCUUCUGCGUGCAUUCGAGCCAGAGAUGAACAGGAGGAGCAGAAGAUGGACAAGAAGAAGAUGAAAAAACUCAAGACCAAGAAAAGAAUAUUGAAAGCCAAUGAGCCGAAACCAGACCCUUAUUGGUUGAGGACUUUCUAUGAUUUCUCUCCUGAAGAGGCUGCAAAGAUACCAAACUAUGGUUACUGUGGGAUUCUCAGUCCGUUGCUAGCAAAUGUUUGUCUCAACGAGCUGGAUCGUAUGAUGGAAGAGAAGAUAGCCGAGUUCUUUAGACCUUGCGAGCACGACACUAUUUGGAGACACUCCAUUGAUGAUGGGUGUCACAACCCAUCUUGGCCCGAGUUUGUCCCUUCGCGUGGGAAAGGAAGGACCAAGAAGAUGGACUACAUCCGUUUCGGAGGACAUUUCUUGAUCGGCAUUAGAGGGUCCAGACAGGACGCCGUGGGCAUUCGCAAGGGUAUAAUCGACUUUUGCGAGAACGAAUAUGGGAUAAGACUGGACAAUUCGAAGAUUGAAAUCGAGCACGUGAGCCGAGGGGUUCAGUUCUUGGAUCACAUAAUCUGUCGUCGCGUUAUAUACCCAACCCUCCGUUACACGGCUUCUGGUGGGGCCGUUGUGAGCCAGAAAGGCGUAGGGACUCUUCUCUCAGUCACUGCCAGCUUGCAGCAAUGCAUUCGCCAGUUCAGGCGACUCAGACUUGUGAAGGGGGAUAAAGAUCCAGAGCCACUCCCUUGCACACCAAUGCUCUAUUCAGGCCAAGCUCAUACCAAUGCCCAAAUGAACAAGUUACUCGAAACCCUCGCAGACUGGUAUAUGUUCGCUGAUAACAGGAGAAAAGUUGUGGGCUUUUGCGCAUAUGUCGUCCGUAGCUCCCUGGCUAAGCUAUACGCCGCGAGGUACAGGCUGAAGUCGCGCGCCAAGGUGUACGGGAUUGCUUCGCGCGAUCUGAGCCGUUCAUUGAGGGAACACACGAACAACUCUGCGCCAGAGUACUCCGAUCUCCUGAGGAUGGGACUGGUUGACACCAUUGAAGGGGUUCAGUUCUCCCGCAUGUCCUUCAUCCCCCCGUGCGACUACACGCCCUUCCCGAGGAAAUGGGCCCCGCACCACGAGAGGGUGUUGAAGGAGUAUGCCAGGCUGCAAGACCCUAAGUUCUUCUGUGAGCUGCUCAAGUCAGUGAAGAGGAGAUCUCUGUCUUUGCCUCAAGAUGAGGUGUCUGGAAUUGUUUGGGACUACAAAACACUCGGGGUUCAAAGCAGUCGGUUCAUUGGCAUUGAGGGAAAAGUGUUAUAAAGUGUGGGAAUUGUCCUAUUGUUGAUCCAAAAUGGGUGUUUUCACCAGGGAAAAUUUGGGUUCAGAAAUGUGGUAGACUUUGUAAGCUAGAAAAAUAACUAGUUUUUACCUAC